CUGCCACUCCACACAUCAGUCUGGAUCAAGAUUACGCUGGAGACGAGCUUUGUGACCAUUUGUCUUCUGUACGCUUGAAAGCAAUCAGAGACUGGCACGGCCUUCUGCCAAACACAUUGGAGCAGAACAAAAGGGCAGAACCGAACACGAUUACACUCUCCUGUCUCGCAUCCUUCAAUUAGCCAACGCUAUAGCGCCCGACGACGUCCAGACGAAAGCAUCCACCUCCGCACCAGACGAAUUGCAUAUCGAUCGAACUCCUAUCCAGGACGAUUCGGCGCUGUAUUCGUACCAUUGAACAAGCCGGGGCUCUGGAUUUGGCUUCCACGAGUAGGUCCGCAGUUGACGGGUGACCGGCCCUCCCUGCGGCUGAAGAGCAAGGAUCUACAGCCAUCCCCCAGGCGCUACAUGCCUGUGCACUAGAGAGGACACAUCAUGGCUUUUCCCAGUGGAACUACGUAUCAUGCAGAUUCUGACGCCGACGAUGAGUAUGAGAGAAGCGUCAUGACUUCACCAACCCAACUACACACAGACUCCGAGACGUCCUCCGAACCUGCCUCGAACGAACAUACUCCCACCACCUUCGAUCCCGCUGGAGAAGAGUCAAGUUUACCGAGAACAAUAAUAACAGAAUGGACGCCGGAAGAGUGUGCACAAUUUGUCGCCAGUCUGAACCUGCGUCAGUAUUGCCAGGCUUUUAUAGAACAUGGUAUCGAAGGCGAGGCGCUUGUGGCCCUUAAACAUGAAGAACUCAAGGAGAUGGGCAUAGCCAGCGUCGGCCAUCGGCUGACCAUACUGAAGAAUGUGUACGACUUGAAAGUGAGGCAGGACAUCCAAGUCGAACCAGACGACUAUAUUCCACCGACCGCCGAGGUCAACCCACGGCACGAAAUGGCCACGAAAGAAGACAUCAAUCGCCUAGCCCGAUCUCUCAUCCGUCUGCGGGAGGAGCGAAUAGCACAAGCUGAAGCGCAGCUGACCAGGCUGGCCGACGACUACCGCAAGCUGCGACAGGAACUCCUCCCUGUUUUCAAGAUGGCCAAAGAACGCUCUGAACCUCUACCUUAUGCUCCCCACCAAUCCUCAACCCUCAGCCCGGAAAUGUAUCAACAAGACCAACCCUCUCCCCUACCUCCAGUCCUCACGACGCAGCCUGCUCCUGAAAAGUCAAGUCUUACUAGGACUUUCUCUAAGAAGCUGGGCUUGAGCUCGACGCCGAAGAACAACUCGCCUACACACAUCCCCAGCACUAUCCACGAGGGUAGGACGUUUGCAGAUAACUCGUCGCUUGACCCCAGUGCUGCGGCAAGCCUGGCAAGCAAUUCGUUAACGGCACAAAUGUCAGGCGGAGCAAUGCCUCACCCUAGCCCUGGCAUUCCCUCACCUACAUCUCCAUUACCGUACCAGCAUCAGCCACUCGCACCACGAAGUUAUUCGCGAGAUGGGAAUAACAUGUCGAGAUACGAUGGCUCAGAUGACCCUCGGACGAGUCAAGUGACUGGUGAACGCGAGCCGCCAACGUCAGCAAAGAGUGCCAGUGCGAAGAUCAACCCGACAAAUUCUACGAUAUCGAACGCAAGCACACUAAUACCUCCGAGAGAACAGUCAGCAAGUGUGCCGCCACAAUUACCAUCCAGUGCGGCUGGUGGGCAUACGCCUGGCAGCGGUGCAGAGGCGCCGAGUGUAGAGAUCUUCAAGUCUUUCCGCGUGGGGCUGGAAGAUCCUUGCUACAAGGUUCUGCCGGCUGCGUUGCGGAAGUACAAUAUCCAAGCAGAUUGGCGGCAAUAUGCUUUGUACAUUGUGUACGGGGACCAAGAGCGGUGUGUUGGCCUCGAGGAGAAGCCGCUCGCUCUGUUCAAGGACUUGGACAAGGAAGGCAAGAAGCCAAUGUUCAUGCUGAGGAAGCUGGCGAAUCCGAUCAAUGAGCCAGGAAGUGCGGCCACUGGAGGUACGAAGCCCUUGGGGAGUGCCGGACAGCUUUCAAGUUCGGCAAGUGUGCGGAGUGCAAUGCCACAGAACCUCCCCGGUGGCGUUCUUUAGCGUCGUCCAUUCGGCGGUUGCAGAAGAUGGACGACAAGAGAUUACAGUUGUAAAGACUAUUCGUGUUGGGCUUUGGAUCAUGUCUAAGAGCGCGCAAGAUCCAAGUAUGUAUGUUACGGAUUUGAGGUUGGACGACAGCGAAAAUCCUUUGGUUAGGGGGUGUCCCAUUAGCGAGAACAAUGCAAAGUGGCCCUUUGGAGGUGGCCUUUUGAGAAUUUGAACGUGAAGCGUUGCAGGCUACACAUUUUUCAUUGCGACCCCUUGCCUCGUAACCUUGGUCGUUGGUCUGCAAAAAGUCUUCGCCGUGAGGCGGCCGCCCUUGUCUUGGGGGUGCGCUUGAGU